ACGAGCGGCGGCACCGACUCCGCGAACCGCGUUCACGCUGGUGAAAAAGGCACCGCGGCAAUCAUCAAAAGAGUUUCCUAAGCGGCAAAGAGCUGUCUCUAUCUCCCAUCUUCCCUCCCGCUCCAAGAUUCCAACGCCAUUGCUUACGCUAUCCCCUUGCCAGGAUUCGGCGAAUUCCAGACUGUUUUUGCCAAAUCCGGUCGAGAGCCCUCCGGAAUCGCGAUCCGGAGCUCGAGAUCUAUCGACCUAGGGUCCUCUUGGGUGAUCUGGAUUCGAUUUGAGAAUUUGAUUCGUUCGGGUUCCGGUUUUCUUGGAUCGGCGUCGCGGCAUUGGCCGAUUGAGGAAGAUUUAACUGGAUUUUAAGGUCUUAGGUGCGGAAACUCCCGAUUUCGUGCGGAUCUUAGGUUGUUAUCUGUCCCCUAGUUUUCAUCCGAUCGCCCGAGAUGCCGAACGAGGGAGCCCGGAGGAACGGGGCCUCUCGUCUGCUCACUGAGGGACUACUGCUGCAUGAAGCCGUUCCCCCAACUUCUUCAUCUUCGUCGCCGCCUUCUUCUCGUUAUCCGGGUACCAAGUAUGUCGAGCACCAUGUCUCAAAGAUGGACACGCUUGCUGGCAUCGCGAUAAAGUAUGGUGUUGAGGUUGCUGAUAUAAAGCGAAUGAAUGGUUUGGUGACGGAUCGCCAGAUGUUCGCGCACAAGACGCUGCGGAUUCCUUUGCCAGGUCGGCACCCCCCAUCUCCUAUCCAUCUGAAUGGUGCAGCAGCCAAUAAUAGAGAACAGACUCCUGUUCGUCAUCCUCGCAGAGAUUCUGCUCUAGAUUCACUCCAAUCGCUGAAGUCGAAACCUCCUCAACCCAAGAUCAUCUCCCCUGCCAUAAUCAGUGUGCAGGGAUACUAUGGUCUCAAGGCCCCUGGAAGGGGUCCAGCUGUUGAAGAAACUGAAAUGACCGUUUACAAAAUUAGUGGUUCCUUCAACUUUGAAGAUGAACCCCCUAAACCCUCACCAGCUUCUGAUCCACAACACUUCAACCGCCAUAGGAGGUCUGCAAGCCUAACAAAUGGGUUCCCGCAGGAAAAUGGUGAGCCAGCUGAGAUACCAGUAGUUGCUGAAGCUGGGGACAGCAGUGAUGAGCAAUCAAAGAGUGAGAAGUCUGUCAGGCGACGUCAAAAAGCUGAUGCUGAUCCUCCUUUGCCCGCCCUAGACUUACUAACGGAGGAUAGGGGAGGGGUCGCAGGGAGGAUAGGAAAGGGUCCAGCCCCCAGGCCGAAGUUGGGGACACCAAUAGGCAUGGAGCUGCUCCGGCAGAAUGCCUUUUCAACUGGAGACACUUCUGCGGCCAGUGGGUUUGCUGCUGUAAAAAAAUCAUUGAGCACCUCAAAUUUGCAGGAAUCCGAUUCUGGGUCAUCCGCAAGGUCAUCUUCGAAGUGGAUUUUGAAAUCUGAUGCUAUCACCAGACCAAUUUUCGGUGGCUUGCCAAAGCCAAUUGCUUCUUGGAACAAAUCUGCUCUAGAUUAAUCAUGCCAUUAUAGAUGCCUAUUUGUUCUUUCGCCUUUUUCUUCCUUGCCGUCAUGUGUAACCAAAUGUAAAUCUAAGACUCACCCCCCUUUCUGCUAAGGAGGCCUUGAUUAAGACUGGUCAUAUGUAACCUUAUAAGGAAAUAGAAAAUUUCGGCGAACAGGACCCAGCCUGUGCACCACUGAUUAAGAACAGCAGAGCUUGUCGAAGCACCAUCCUUUUUCCAGUACCACCGUUCUGUGAAACUUCUCAUCCAUGAAAUACGUAUUAUGAGAUUCUGGAUGCUUCUUGAUGUAGAAGGCUGCCUCUCUUUCGAAGAACUCCGGGCGGGGGAACAGCAAGCACCAGUGCCAGCACCAAAGUUAACCCUAUUCCACGGGGCAACAAGCAUCCUCUGGGAUUUUUUUUUUUUGGGGACAACCAGCUUGAGGAGGGGAAAUAAUGUACACAAAUUGGCCUUUUAGGAUUAAAGACACUGUCCCUUUGAGAGAGAAGCGCGGCUGGAAACGGACAGAAAUAUGUGAUGCGAAACUUACAGGUAUACACAGUUAAAGAAGUUCCGAAGGCAUGUCCUUUUCCCCGGUACUGGGAAUAAUACCAGAAACUGUGAUAUAAACCUCAUUCGGAUGCCAUGAUUGCAGAUCCAAUAAUACUCGUAUAAGAAAAUGAUAACAAGAAUAAUUGUGACAAAACCAUGAGCUGAAGAAACAUCAGCGUUUGUUUGCUUAACCUUGAGACAGCAUAAAAUCCACAGCCAUAAAAUAGAAGCAGUAUAUUUUUUGUGAUAAAAUAGUGUUUGUUUUUUUUUCUUUCUUUCCCUUUCUUUUGUGUAAAUAAGUGACAUAAGGCCGCCACACCAACAGAGGCGAGUUCAUGUGGCCAUAUGCUGGAUGGAAGGCAGAUUAUCAUCUUUUAAUUCAUCAUCACUUCUCUGUUAAUUUAUCAUCUUUUUUCAAGGUAGAAAAUGGGAUUCAGUAAAUGAGUGACAAGUACAUGCCUCAAACUCUAAUAUAUUACUUUCCCUUUCUGUCCUCAAUGUGCAGGACAAAUCAUCAAGAAAAUCAGAAGGGAAAUUCAAGACUACCAUCUUCAUUAAAAGAAAGAGAGAAGAAAUCUAAUUGCUCUCACAAAAACUGAAAACUGACAUAAGACAUUGUGCAUUAUCAGCCUUUGAAUACAGGAAUAAAGCACAGGCAACAUUGGGACUCAGUAUCAUGCAUGGUAGCCUAAACUAAAUAAUGCUCUCAAAAAGAGAAUCAGAUUGAAGCAUGCCUAAAUUACAAAUGAAAGACAAUUGUCCAUGCUUCCACUAAUUUUACCAUAUCUAGCUAGUCUCUGUUCCAUCUUUUUUCGACAGGCCCUCUGAAGGGAGUAAACAAAAACAUUUAAUAUACAGAGACUGGUAUGUCAACCAUAGAUGUAAACAGGAUGAGCACAGGCUGGAAACUGUUUGUUAUUCAGGAGUUAUGAAGAACCAAAUACAACUGGAUAUAAGUACUGAUAUUGAUGAUGAUGAUGGCUUGGUUAAUUCAAGAACAUCCAGAGGUCUAGAAAUUAAUUACAGGUGUCCGCUAAUGAUCCUUCAUAGUAAGCAGUAAAGGAUUUUUCAGGUACACAAUUAACUACAAAGUUUGGAUAACCGGACAUAAAACAGCCGAUUUGCAGAGGCCAUGAUAAUUAACAAGUAUCCUAAUAAGUUUCCACAUUAAGAUGAGGGUGCCCAAUGGUUGAGCUGGUAAAGUCACUAGAUGUUGGUCAUUAGGUGCCUGGGUUUGAUCCCACCCUCAACAUGAUUCUGGCCAGGAUUUCUCCAUCCUAAUUCUAAGAAGAGAAAAAGGAAAGAAAAAGAAAACAAAAAUUAUCCAUAUUAAGAUGAUACCAGACAUUUUGCUGAUUUUCAUGAAUGAACCAUUAAGUCAUCCAGAAUUUUCCACUGAAGAAAAGAGUGAUCAAUGUGCAUGAACAUCUAAUGGAUAAGGAGAGCUGAAUUGCAAAAUAAAGGCUUGUUUGUUGGGUAUGUACUCCAGGAGCAAAAGGAGGAAACCAUAAAAUGCCAAAAAAUAAAGUGGUGAAAUGUGAAAUGAGGACCGUGUUAAAAUCCUCUAGAAAUAUGUGGAAAAAGACAUUAUGCAGUGGCCUAUGAUCAUUAAGCAGUAUCCAUAUUAUGAUGAUACCUGACAAUUUAUUGACUUUCGUGACUGGAUUAUGAAGUCAUAGAGUUCAUUUUUCCAACACUAAUGGAUAACGAGGAAGCUGAAUUGCUAAACAAAGGUGAGGUUGUUCUGAGUAAGGUAUGCCACAUCGUACCGAACUAAAUAGUACAAAACGUGCCAAUUCGGUACAGGUAUGCAAUACGGAAAGCGUACUGACACUUGGUACACCGAACCGGCCCGAAUUAGGCGUACCGACACAGUAGCAGGGUAAUACUAGUGUGGGGCCCGAUACCGAGAUGGCAUAUCUUGGUUCUGAGUAUGUACUCUAGAAGAAAAAGGAAGGAACAACGAAGAGCCUAAAACAAAAAUAGUGAUAUGUGAGAUAGAAAAGAUGCAAGAUCCUUAGAGACAUUGUGGGAAGAACAUAGUUGUUACAAUCCAAAAAAGGAAAGAGCCAAACAGUUAACUACCCGAAAAAAGAAAGAACUAUCUGAACUUAAAAAUGCAAAAGAUGUGGGAAUAUGACAUACUAUAUUCAGCGGAUUGAUCAUAGAGAAUUUGCAAUGUGAUAGAUGAAGUAUGUUGGUGGCCAAAACAUACACACACACACACAGUGAGAGAGGGAGAGAGAGAGUCAGAGAUGAAAUUGAAAAAUUUCAAAUAUAUUGAAAAAGCUAAUAAAGCUAAACAGGUAGCAAGGCUACAUAUACUGUUUGUUAAUUAAGAAUGGUGGUCAUAUUCGUGGACAUCAAAAAAUCCAUUUUAUGUCUGAGUUCUUGUUUUCCAAUAAAAUGGAUUUAUGAAGUCCAUGUGUAUGACCAUUCCCAUAAUUACAGUGGAGAUGGCUAAAAAACGGAUGUGACAGAUUAAGGCAUAAAUGCAGUUUGUAAAUUAAGAAUGGUCAUAUUCGUGGACACCAAAAAAUCCAAUUCUAUGUCUGAGUUUUUAUACUCAACUAGAAUGGAUUCAUGAUGUCCAUGUGUAUGACCAUUCACAUGUAACUACACCGAAGAUGGUUAUAUAUGCAGUUUGUAAAUUAAGAACAGUCAUAUUCGUGGACACCAAAAAAUCCAUUUUAAGUCUGAGUUUUUAUAUUUAAAUAGAAUGGAUUUUCGAUGUCCAUGUGUAUGACCAUUCAUAUCUAACUACAGUUUAGAUGGCUAAAAAAAGCAUGUGGCAGAUUAAAGCAUUUGGAUGAUAGCAAAAGAAAGAAAUAUAGAAAGAAAAGAGGUUUGUAGAAUAUCAAGGGAAACUUCAUUUAAUGACUGACUAGUUCACUAAGCAGUUUCUUUUAAAUAAGAUUUCUAACUAUCAUGUUGUGGGUGGAUGGUGACUGAAGUACUACUCGUCCAUGCUUACUAGAUAUAUAAGACAUCAAAAAGCACGUGGAUUUCUGGCUAGGCACUCAAAUCUACAGAGAAGGAAACUCCUAAAGGGUGGUCGAAUGGUCCACUUCUGAGGCAAUUUGCUUUGCUUUAGCAACCAAUUGGCCAUUUGAUUUUUCCCCUUCAGUUGUAACAAAGAUGUAGCAAUGAUUUGCUUUAUAUUUAUUCUAGAGUUGAUAAUGCAACCAAAUAAUUGGAUGAAGCCUUUGUCCAUUAGAAGGACAUAAGAAUCAAAAUGCUGGGAGGAGGAUUGAGAUGCUUGUUAAUAAGAAUAAUAAAGGUGACAUAAAUAGUUGCACCAACCACCAUGAAAUUAAUCUAUAAGCCAAACUACAUAGUUAAGAGUUGAUAAAACAAAUUUUGAGAGAACCAAAUUGGUUUCAUGCUAAUAGACAGCUGAAAGAGAUUUCAAGAAAAGAAUUCUGCAUUUCCUUCUCAAAAGAUUAUGGAGAUCCGCAUGCGGUUUAUUUUAUCGACUUAAUGAGAGCGUCAAAUUGAGUGCCAUGAGAAAAUUAUCCAGCGUGCAUUAUUAUUGCAUUUAUAAGGUAUAUUUGGAAAUUAUUAGCAAAAUGUAUGACGUGACGAGGCUCUAUAGCAAGACAAGUUCCAACAUGCAGUGGGCCUACACAAACGACCAAACAUGGGCCCAUAACUGUUUCCACGUAGGGGCUGUUUGGACUCUUGUAAGUGGAGACGCAUGCAGCUCAAGUUGCAGGUACAAGCCAGCCUGCUUGUUUGGAUGCCUGCAACUCAAGUUGCGCAAUAACUUGCUUAAGCUGCACCUCAAGACUAUCUUAUAGUAGGUCGAUUUGCAGUCAAAAUUGCCACAGGACAAAUUGCAGCUACCCGAAUAGAUAUCGCAAUUAAAAAAAAACAAGAUUCUCUCUUCCCUUUUCUCCUCCACUUAGCUGCCUCCUCAUUCUCCAUCCACCCCCUCAACCUCUACACUGCCAUGCGCUGCCUCUAACCCCCUACCCUGUCCUCUCCUUCACCUUCUCCACCCUCCUCAAGGCUUGCACUGCUGCUCACUCCCUCUGCAUGGACGCCUAAACCCAUACACAAGUCCUAGCCGUCAACGACUUCAACAACGAUUUCUUCAUCCAUAAGACCCUUAUCUCCAUAUACAUUGAGUGCUCUGACUUGGCGACACUUGCAAGAUAUUCGACAGAUAUCUAUCAAAGACACCCCUCAUUUCCCCAAUCUCUCUUCCAAAUAUAAGAAGUGAGUUACCUUGUAAGGAGUGACAAAGAAUUAGAUAGAAGAGUGCCAAAUAAAUUUGAACAAUGUAAAACAUAUACCAUGGAUCACGAGAUUAGUAGGACAAAACAAGAAA